AUGGGCAGGUUGCAAGCCUCUAGUCCCAUGAGUUUCUGGGAGAACUUCCGUUCUCCCGGAGUGGACAUGCUUUUGGCCGGACCGACGUGCGGGAUUCAAGGAUGUCAUGAGUCAGUCCUGGCUCAGCAGAAACAGGGAGUCCAUCCCCUGAAUCCACCUGCGUCUCUGGGCAAGCGCAAGGUCGCUUUUGGUCCGCGAUUUGCCCCCUAUCCGCCACCCGGGGACGCGCCACGUAGCCUCGCGACUAACCGGCUUGAUCAAGGCUAUAAAUGGGUGGCAUUGUUCGAAGCGCUGGUCACUUACGUUUGUCCGUUCGUAUGUACUCUGAUCGCUGAUCUACUCGUACUUUGUUGGGGACAAAAAAGCAAUAAGUUUACAGUACUGUCAAGCGAUUCUGUAUGUAAACAUACGUGCUCACAUGAAUUAGCCCACGGACUAAAGAUACAAUCCAGAGAAAGUCUACAGCUUACUCAUCUCCGACGACAACGAGCAAUUCGACGAUGUCUUUUCAUGGCAACUAUUCAAAUGAUUCUGAAUGCUCCUUACUACACGCUGCAACUCAUCGAUGAGAUCUAUUCAUUACAAUCAACGCCAUCCGGUCUUGUUUCUUAUUUGUACAUGGAUGCGGUGCUAUAUCUUUUGUAUUUGUGCCAAUUUCCAUUCGUCUCGCUCUACAUUGGGAAUCUUCAUUCGGAUAUGAAAGCUUCGGAACGGCUAAGACGUGCGAAUAGCUCCGUUUCUACUCGCCAAGACAGUCUACGGCAUCCACUUACAAGUGCACGUAGUGUCGAUCCAUGCUAA